UCUUGCGCCAUGGGGAUCAUUUCGAUCCUCUUCUCGGUCACAGGCUUCCACCGACCGGAAGCAUGGGCUAAAAAGCCCAUUCCGGGGUCGCCAAGACGGCGAUCCCUAACGAAUGGGAACAGCGAUUCCUCUGACCUCGCGUCGUCAAACUCUUCCUUCGAAGAAGAGACGGCGAUAACCAAGGUUCUAAGGUCAGUGGAUCCGUCCUUUUUGGACGACAGCCCGGGAGGGGUCAAUGCCCUCACCAGGAAGGGCACGAUGGCGAUCACCAUCUGCAGCUGCAUCGGCUUUCACGCCCUGCGGCUGAUCUUGCGGGAUGCCUUCUUCCGCUCCGCGUCCUCCGCCAAUGCCUUGCUGAAGCGGAAAGUGGCGGAGCACUAUCUACUCUCGGCAAUCCAUGCCUUUGGCUGCUCCUAUUUCAGUUUGCGAAAGCUGUGCAGCAAACGCUGGAAUUCUCCGGUGGGCUCCGAAGCCAUGCUGUGCUUCUCCCUUGGAUACAGCAGCUAUACCCUGCUGGCACUCAGGGGGCAACUGCUGUCGGAUCCUCUCUGGGCGCUCAACGAGCUAGGCAACUUCGUGAAGAUUUGGUCAUGCUUACGUGCUCAGGGGGUGGCUUGGAUUGUACCUUUGCUCUUCUCGGCGGAAAUCCCCACGGCGUUUCUGGACAUCCUUCGCAUGCUGGCGGAGAACGGGACCUCGCCGUCCAGCUUGAUUUGGCGCUUUUUCCUAGGAGCCUUCACCACCAGCUUUGUCGCAGUGAAGGCCAUUGCACUACCUGCCACAUUGGGAGGUUUCAUUAUGCAAGCCGACAGCUAUCCUGAGCUGCACCAGCCAGCUUUCUUGCCAGCCAAGUUGGCGAUCUUGGCCAGAGCAUUCCUGAACUACCUGUGGUUGAGCAUCAUGGCGCGCCACUGGGUUCCAACACGACAUUUGCACCCCGAAGGUGAGUACCUGAUCUCCCGACGGGACGAGCGGCUUCCUCGGCUGCGCGAGAUUACCCCGAGCAUGGGACACCUCGUGCAGCAUAUCAGGAAGGCCUACAAUCCCAUGAGUUUGCUUUUCUUCUCAGUCUUGCAAGGUUGCUAUUUCGUAGGACCUGCAGCGAUUCCUGCCAUUCUCUAUGCCCUGGCGCGCAUCCCGAAGUAUCGCAUGGCUGCUGGCUCGGCUUUGGCGACCCUGGGCGUGUUGGCUGUUUGGCCCAUGCACAUGGAACGACCCUACCGAACCGGUGGCACGGCGAUCGCAAGUUUCCUCCAGAGAUGGCUACGAGAACGACUUUUGCGAUACUUCUCCUUCAAAGCGAUCUUUGAGGAGCCCCUGCAGAAGGAUCGACGGUACAUGUUGGCAGUGAUGCCUCAUGGUGUGAUUCCCUUUGCAAGUACCUGCUUAUCCAUUGCGCUGGAGAAGGAAGGCUUUGUGCCCAACAGUAUUGGAGCAGACAUUUUGUUUCAAAUUCCGCUUUUGCGUCAACUUUGCCGAUUUGGAGGACUGGUCCCAGCAACACCACAGUCCAUCAAACGCGCCCUCGCGUGGCCUUACCCCAACAACGUGACCUUCAUUGUUCCAGGAGGAAUUGCAGAGAUCUUUUUGAUGCGUCCAGAUCUGGAACAGGUCUUCAUCAAGAGCCGAAAGGGCUUCGUCAAGUUGGCUCUGCAGGCGGGGGUGGACAUUGUGCCGGUCUAUGGCCUGGGACAUACGCAACUCUUCUCGAUGCUGGACAAGUCUUCGGCCCUGGGCAGCUUUCUCAUGAGGAUGAGCCGACGCUUGAAGGUGUCAUUGCCUUUGAGUUACGGUCGCCUUGGGAUGCCGCUGGUGCCAUAUUCCAAGCCCAUUGCCGCCCUCGUUGGAAAACCCAUUCGAGUGGAGCAGGCCUAUGAGAAUCCAUCGGAGGAGCUAGUGAACGAAGUACAUGCACAAUUUGUUGCGGAACUUCAGCGUAUCUUCCAAAAGCACAAAGGUGUGGUGCCUGGCUACGAGAAUAAGCAGCUCUACCUGGAGGAUGAGGCAGUUCCUCCUUUGAAGAAAGAUGCCCUGGCCACAGAUGUGUUGUUUCCAAGCAACCUGCCAAGGAGCCGGCUCUGAUCCCACCAAAAAGGUGGUUGAUCACUGUUUGAAGUCUCGUGAAGAGAUCGACCUGCAGUUCUUUGUUCCAAAAA